CUUUCCAUGACCUUUAAUUUGCAACGCGACGCAAACGGGGAACUCGCCGAGCGCAAGCGCGCUGGGAUUCUGGAAAAAUUGUGGAAUGGAGUUGUUCAAGAUUGAUGCAAACAGGCAACAAACGUCUUUUGAGUAUCUUUCCACGAGUUUCUUGGUCCGUCGAAUGCCGAGAGUAUCAGGGAUGAACGGGGGGUGUGUUUUUCGCUCUGCAAUACGUUGGAUUGGAGAGCAUCCGCGGUAUCGGUGACGGAGAUACGAAUUGUUCACUUCGCGCGAAAUUCCGGCUUCCAAACUGAGAAUCUCCCGACAUGAUAACAAGUCAACCAGAGGACUGGCCGGAAAAUGGCCGGAGAAGCAUCGAAAUUCCGGCGGUUAUUGAAGAGAUGCCAGGGAAUCGCCGAACUGAAACAAAUUCAUGCCCAUUUCAUCCUAUCUCCUCAUCCUCAACCCCUAAACAUGGCCACCCUUAUCGCUCAGCUAUACAUCAAUUGCGGCGUGGCCUAUCUCGACCACGCCGUUGGGAUCCUCCGUCAGGUUCCUAAUCCGAGUCUCUACCUCUACAAUGUUGUUAUGAGAGGGUAUUCAGAAAGCAGAAUCCCCUUCAAAACCAUCCUUUUCUUCAAGGAGAUGGUUGGUAGCGCCUUGAAACCGGAUAACUUCACGUACCCAUUUGUAUUGAAGUCUUGCACUCGUUCAUUUGCAUUGACGGAAGGCAUUCAGAUACACGGAUUUGUGAUAAAGACAGGGUUUGAUGGUGAUGGUUUUGUUCAUAACACGUUGAUGAACAUGUAUGCUGCGACUGGUGAAGUUGAUACAUGUGAGAAGCUGUUCAAUUCUUCUAGUUUUAGAGAUUCGGUAUCUUGGAACACCAUGAUGCUGUCGUAUGCCCGUAGCAAUCGCCCGUUGUAUGCUUUUGAAUUGUUCAAAAUGAUGAAAUGUGACAAGAUUUCUGCUCCUAAUCAAAUUACCAUGGUCACGCUUUUGGGGGUCUGUUCUCAGCUACGGAGAUUGGAUCUCGGCAAAUGGGUUCACGGCAUGAUAGAAUUGGAGAAAAUUGAGUACAAUCUGGUUUUAGAAACUGCUCUUGUCAAUAUGUACUCAAAAUGCGGAGAAGUCGAUAUUGCUCGACACCUGUUUGAUAAAAUGUCUGUGAGGAAUGUUGCAUCAUGGAAUGCGAUGAUUUCCGGCUACGCACGGAAUGGACAGCCAAAUAAUGGAUUAAUCCUUUUUGACUUGAUGAAAGAUUGUGGAUUGAUGCCUAAUGAAAUUACCAUGUUAUCGGUGGUUUCAUGUUGCACCCAAUUGAGGGAUAUUGAGAUGGGUAACAUGGUUUUGGAUUAUAUGCGCAGCCAGAAUAUUGUACUGUGUAAGAAUUUGCAGAAUGCACUGGUUGAUAUGUAUGCAAAAUGUGAAGAUAUGGAGUCAGCUAAGAAAUUGUUUGAUGAAAUGAAAGAAAGAGAUCAAAUUUCGUGGGCUUCCUUAAUUGGGGGAUAUGUUCGCUCUAGCAGAUUCAAUGAAGCUAUACAGGCUUUCCAGCAAAUGCAAUGGGUGCAUUUUUACAUGGAUAGAAACAAAAUAUCUGACCUAUACUUGAACACUGCUCUCAUAGACAUGUAUUGCAAAUGUGGAAAUGUAGCAGAUGCAAUUGACGUUUUCAACAGAAUGCCAACAAAGAAUGCCAUGUCAUGGACAGCAAUUAUAUCAGGACUUGGGUUGAAUGGCUGCAACCAGCAAGCUCUCAAAUUUUUUGCUGAGAUGCAAAGGGAAGCCAUGGUUAGACCAGAUGAAAUCACGUUCAUUACAGUCUUGGCCGCUUGUAGUCAUGCUGGUUUGGUCGAGCAAGGGUAUCACUACUUCCACAUGAUGACAGAAUCCUACGGGAUUGAGCCAACAGUUGAGCACUAUGGUUGCAUGGUUGAUCUUCUGGGACGAGCAGGAUUAGUACAAGAAGCACAAAAAAUGGUGCAAAAGAUGCCCAUGAAGCCUAGUGCUUCUGUGUUGGGGUCACUGUUAAACUCAUGUAAAAUUCAUGGACAGUUUAAGAUAGCUGAGGAAGUUGUGAAAUAUAUUCAAGAAACAGGAAGUAUUGUUGGUGCAACUUAUGUGACUUGCUCUAAUAUAUAUGCUGAUGCUAUGUUGUGGGAGGACGUUUACAGACUAAGAAAGGAUAUGCAGAUUUCUGGGGUGGAGAAGAUACCAGGAGGUAGCUUAGUUGGUUUAGAUAGCGGUGUUCAAGAAUUUCUUUGUGGGAGAUGAAAGCUUUGUAGAAGUUAUGGCACGUGGAUACAGCUGAAGACAUGGGGACAAAACCAUUUAUUUGAAAAUUCCAGCUUAGAUAAUUUCCAUAUCAAAAGGAUAUGGAGAUUUCACCCACUUGGCUUAAAGAUGAAGUAUAAGAGGAUUUUGGAAACGUUAUUAAGAAUGGUGGGUGAAAGGUGAGGCGUUUAAGUGUCUGCACAUGCAUCUUGUUAGUCAUUCUGAAAAGUGUAAUUAUUUUAGCAGUUGCAGUGCCUAUUGUGCUUGCACUUUGCAAAUGUUUUAACAUGAUGACUGACUUUUCAGUACAGAAGAGAACUGAUUUGAACCCUCAUUUGAGUGACUAUUGAGGUAAGCGUCAAUGAAGAUAAGAGACAGUGGGAUAAGUACUUUUGUCUUCCGUACUCAUACAAUCGGUCCUGGUUCUAGUGCACCCAAAAGUCAACCUUGGUAUAUUGGUUCAGUAUAUUGUUUUCCUAUCCUCUGCUAAGCAGCAUCAACUUUCUAUCCUGGAAACUGUGAAGAUGAUGUCCAGCUUCAGGGGAAUUCUUCGUAGGCAGUCCGAGCUCAGGCGUGUAAAGAUCUCUUUAAUGUCAUUUGGCACCAUGCUUCUUUUUUCAGCAGGACUUAUGUCGGAUGCUCUUAUGUAUGAGAAGGUGCAUGUUUCAGAGGCCAGCAUGAGAGGGUUUAACAUAAUUUAUUUGUUGUGGCUCUUCUAAGGCCUUUGUUGUUUCUUCAUAACUUGUUAAUUAUGCAUUUAGAAAAUUGCACAUAUCCCACCCCGACCUCAUAAUCAAAUUAUGUUCACUGUUUCAUAGAGCCAACAUUAGAUUCAUGACCA